AUGGGUCUAAAUCUAAAUCUCUCCGCGUCUUUGAAUGUAUUCAAGCUCAUCACACGACCCUAUCUCUGUCUCCCUCACUACACCGUACCAACCUUUGCCGACCUGCCCAUCCCUCUCGACUCGGUGCUCAAAGAACAAGGGAAGAAGGCAGAUAUUCGUGCAGUCGUAUUAGACAAGGAUGAUUGCUUCGCGUCCCCAGACUCCAACGAAGCUCGUAGUAACAGCAUCUUCAAGGAACGAUUUGAGGAUUUAAAGCGAGCGUAUCCGGGGCGCCGCCUGCUGAUUGUAUCCAAUACGGCCGGCGCCACGUCCUGGGAUCCGCAAAGGAAGCUUGCAGAGGCCGUAGAGAAGGAGACGGGCAUCCCCGUGCUCGGCCACAGCGACAAGAAGCCAGGUUGUGGGUCGGAAGUCAUGGAGUACUUUCGCCAGUAUCCAGAGACUGGAGUCACUCAUCCCUCCCAUGUCGCAAUUGUAGGUGAUCGGCUCACGACAGACAUCAUGAUGGCGAACAUGAUGGGGGCCUGGGGCUUCUGGGUCAAGGAUGGCGUCGUCCCUCUAAGCAGGAAAAGCAUCCAUCAGAAAGUAGACGAAGAGAUGGGAGGGAAAUCGUGGUCCAAGGAAGAAGAGGACUAUUUCUGGGUCCACAUCAUCCCGUUCUCCCAUGUCCGAAGAGGACCCCAUUUGGCGCACCCUGAGCAGAGCUUUGCCCAGCUCGGGAGAAAGAUGCAAGAUGCAUUCGGUAGCCUAGCACGGCGAAGCUACACCGGCGUCUGUCUCGCAGAGGAACACUACUACAAGAAUGUAGUGGAGGGACGAAUAUCGAAGCAUGCUCCCGAGUAUGUUAAGGCUUACAAGGCCCUGGCAGCUUCAGAUCCUCGCCAGCCCCCCUCUAUCGCCCGUGUUCGGCGGGAACUGAACGGAUUAGGAGAAGCCACCCACCCUGCAACCAAGCCGGGUGCCGAAAUGGACUGGGAGCUCGGUGGGAGGGAGGAGACGGAGUAA